UGCUGGAAAUUCCAAUGGAAACCAAGGGCAUUAGCGACCUCCCAACUGAAAUUGCAAUAUUGCAUUUUCUGCAAUAAUACUAUUGAAAAUUUCGUCCACUUCCAUUUCUCCGAUCAUUCUCCGGUGAUCCUUCCUGCGCCAUUCUGGUUUGCGAGAGAUUGGGGCGAAAUGAGUCAGGUGUUCGAGGGUUAUGAGCGCCAGUACUGCGAGCUCUCCGCCAAUUUGACGCGCAAGUGCACCUCUGCCAGCGCUCUUGAUGGAGAACAGAAGAAGCAGAAACUUACUGAAAUCAAAGCAGGAUUGGAUGAUGCUGAUGCUUUGAUUCGGAAAAUGGACCUUGAAGCAAGGAGUUUGCAGCCAAGCAUAAAGGCAACACUUCUUGCUAAAUUAAGAGAAUAUAAAAAUGAUCUAAACAACUUGAAAAGUGAAGUUAAAAGAAUUACUUCAGGUAAUGCAGAUCAGGCUGCCCGAGAUGAGUUGUUGGGGUCUGGAAUGGCAGAUGCAAGGAUGGUCUCUGCUGAUCAAAGAGGAAGACUGUUGAUGUCAACAGAGGGAUUAAACCAAUCUACUGAGAGAAUUAAAGAAAGCAGAAAAGCAAUGCUGGAAACAGAAGAGCUGGGUGUUUCAAUCCUGCAGGAUUUGCAUCAACAACGCCAAUCUCUUCUCCAUGCGCAUAACACACUCCAUGGAGUAGAUGACAACAUUAGCAGGAGCAAAAAGAUACUGACAAACAUGUCAAGAAGGUUGAGCAGGAACAAAUGGAUAAUUGGCUCCAUAAUUGCAGCCCUAGUUCUUGCCAUCCUAUUUAUCCUAUAUUUUAAGCUGAGUCAUUAGCGUGCUGGCCUUGGUGGUUCAAAACUCCAAUUUUUCGAUGUUUGUAAUAUCAAAGAAAAGGCAUGUAUGUCAUCCAUUUCUGAGUUUUGCGUGCCAUAAUUGCUUAUUGUUUGUUCAUCCAAGGCUUGCACUACAGCUUCCACCUUAACUUUGUUAUGUAAUACCCUUAUGCCUCAUUAUGAAAGUCUCUUAUUUUCUUGUCU